AUGUGGUCUCGCCGCGAAGAGAUUGACCCCUUCGCCCGCCUCUUCAAUCCGCGCCUAGGCGUGAGAUGCCCCGGCGCGGUCCCGCGCCUCUGCGUCCUCUCGUCCGCCCCGACUCGACGACCCGACUUCGGCCGUCUCGCGUCGGAGGCCUGCGAAAUCAUCGACGACGAGGAAAAAUUCGAGGUACCAUUCGCAACGUCUCAGUCUCUCCUCAACCGAGACGGCACCGACACUCGAUCCUCCCCUCAGGUGAACCUCGACGUCCAGCACUUCUCCCCCUCCGAGAUCCAGCUAAAGACAUCCGGCGACUGGGUGGUCGUCGAGGCGAAGCACGACGAGAAGCGGGACGAACACGGCUGGGUCUCCCGCCACUUCCAGCGCCGCUACCACCUCCCGGAAGGAGUCAGACGCGAGAACGUCCAGUCCUCCCUCUCCUCCGACGGGAUCCUCACCGCGAUCCCCCUGGCCGCCACAAACGAGCGCAUCGUCCCCAUCGCCCAGCCGCCGAACGAGUAG